AACCAUCGGCGCUGCGGCUAAAUGAGCUGGAGGAAGACUGGAGGAUUCAAGAUGGCGAAGGAUCUGGAUGAGCUCUUGGAUGAGGUCGAGUCCAAAUUCUGCAGACCCGACCCACUGAGACUGGGCAUGGUCGAGCAGCCGAAAGGCACCCACAGCAGCGACCGGAACCGCGCCGAGGCGAAAGAGAAUCUCAGAUUGGCAGACACAUUUAAAAGAGCAGAUGAUCUUGACAGUCUUAUUAAUGAAAUAUUUGAAGAGCCUGACUUUGACAAAAAAACUUUUAAAUUAAAAUCUAAAUCUUCAGGUAACACAUCUGUCAGAGCUUCCAUUCAAGGCGUUGGUAAAAGUUGCAGUCCAGUGUACCUUGGUGGAAGUACUGCUCCAUGUGGUAUUGGAACAAAUAUCUCUCAGAGAGCAUGUGACCAUCUACGUUGUAUAGCCUGUGAUUUCCGGAUAGUAAGUUACGAUGACUAUAUGUGGGACAAAUCAUGUGAUUAUUUGUUUUUCAGGAACAACAUGCCAGAAUUCCACAAAUUAAAAACAAAGUUGGUAAAGAAGAAAGGAGCACGGGCAUAUGCUUGCCAGUGUAGCUGGAGAACUGUUGAAGAAUUGACUGACCUUCGGAUGGAUCAUCAACUUCGUUGGGUUUGUGGUAAACAUUAAGGAUGGAGAUUUUUCACAUUCAGACAAAUGUAUUCAUGAGAGCAGUUUCCGGUAAUUGUGUUGCUAUUUAGGUAAAGGUACAUAGAAAUAGCAUGCCGUUUGGAAAGAGGCGGUGAAUUUCAUUUAGUAACUCUACAAAUUUUUGAAGACCAGAUGGACUGGAGGAAAUAAUGUACUUCAGCACUUGGGAAUUAUUCCUUUUUGCUAUGUGGACAUUUUACUUACUAAGGUAACAAGUUAACCAAAUUCUUCUUUGCUAGCCUAUGUGCUGUUAAAUGGCAGUUUAAUUAUGGAGUUUCAUACAAUACAUAACCUUUCAUUAGCAACAACAAUAUUAUUGACUGCUAAUACACUUAACAUAAACAUUCCUCAUUUAUAGCCAUUAAAGAGGAUAAAGCCGACCAUUGCAGAGAGCUCAUUGUAGGGGUGUCUCCAUCCCUCCCACAGGCACAUCUGUUGUUGCCAAAAAUCAUAAUUAAACAUGGCUGAAACCAAGUGAUCAGUGGCUAACCAAGGGGUUUUCAGUAGUACAGGUAUAUUGUAAAAACACUGCCUAUAUCUGAUCUUACCUCGCCGACUCAAAAUGAUACCAUGGCACAAUAAUGAUAAAUACAUGAUACUACUUUUAGUUUUUCUUCAUUUAGAUAUGAAAAGUCAAGUAUUUAGUUUGCUAUUUUAGCAAAUAUUCAUUUAUAAAAAAAAAA